AAAACAACGCCCAGAUCCAUCACGACAACCAUGUCAAAAUCCUAUCAGGAAGCGCUUCGCCUCCUCACCUCCCGCUCCCGGGCCUUCAGAAAAAUCAUCACCGAUGCCGGCGGCAAACCUCGCCCGCCUCGCGGCAACGAAGUCGGCAUGCGAGAAUGGCUGACGGCCCUAGGCCACGACCGAACAAAGACCCCAUUCGACGUGAUCCACGUCACGGGCACCAAGGGCAAGGGCGGAACAUGCGCGUGGACCGACGGCCUCCUCCGGGCGCACCUCAAGGCCCGCGCGGCAGGACCGCGAGCGGCGCCGGGCGCGCAGCAAAACCAGCAGCUCAAGGUCGGGCUCUACACGUCGCCGCACAUCGUGUCGGAGCGCGAGAGGAUACGCAUAGACUUUGCGCCCGUGUCCGAGGAUACCUUUACGCGGCACUUCUUCGAGGUCUGGGACGCGCUGCUGCGCCACGUCGGCGGCGGCGUCGACGACAUGCCGGGCUACCUGCAGCUGCUGGCGCUGCUGUCGGCGCAAAUCUUCCGCAAGGAGGGGGUCGCCGUGGCCAUAUACGAGGUCCACGCCGGCGGCCGCUUUGACGCGACUAGCCUGUGGGACCGCCCGGUCGCGUGCGGCUUCAACACCAUCGGCCUCGAUCACGUCGGCCUCCUCGGCAACAACGUGUCCGAGAUUGCAUGGAACAAAGCCGGAAUCAUGAGGAGGGGCACUACCGCCAUAUCAGUCCCGCAGGUUCCCGAAGCCAGGGAGCAGCUCGUGGCUGAGGCGAAACUGCUCGACUGCCCUUUGAUGUUUGUCGAUGGGGCGGAUGAGCAAGCCAUCCCUCCAGAGGCCGGCCAAAUCAGGUCGGAGCUCCUGCUCCCUGGGCCCCGUUACAACCUCGCUCUCGCGACGAGGCUGGCAAAUACUUACCUGGAGGCGAGACUGGGCACAAAGCUCAGCAAGGAGGACAUAAUGCAGGCUGUUCAUGAUUAUCAGUGGCCAGGUCGCUUUCAGGUCGUUCAAGCACCCGGCCAACAAACUCGUUGGUACUUGGACCUGGCCCACAACGAUUUGAGUCUCCCGGUGGCUUUGAACUGGUUUUUCACCGAGGCCAGCAAGUUUGACAAGGCGCACCCGCUCCGUAGCUCCCAGGAUGCCGCUGCUUCAGAGGGAAAUAGCCCCUCGCAGUCGGUACCCAGGACCAAAGUGCUAAUCUUUGGUCACCAGUCUCACUUCCGUGAGACCGCUCCCAUGGCCGAAGCAGUGGUCAGCCACUGCAAGGCCCAAGGCCUCGUUUUUGACCGUGUGAUCCUGGCCAGCCACUCUCAUCGCGUAUCAGGCAAGCAGGUAUUUGGUUACGACUCGGCGCUCCAAAUCAUGGACAUCUGGAAGGGCAUGGCGGGCUCGCCCGAGGUCACAUGGUCUGCUUCCAUCGCGGAAGCCAUGGACAUGGCGAACCAGAUUGGACUGCAAGCACCGGUGGAAGGUGUCGGCUCGCACUCCUUGAUAGUGGGCUCUUCGCAUCUCAUUUCUUCUGCCAUUUCUACCAUGUCAAGCCCUCGUCCUUUGGGAUGA